AACACUGAUUUGCCCGGAAGUGUGGUCCCUGGCGCGUAGAAAGAUCUGGAAUCGUCUAGAAGCUUCGGUGUAUGUAUGUGUGUGGCCUGUACGCUGCUGUAUAAAACCAGGGGUUGUGCCGCCGACGGUGUUGAGUCUUGAAAAAAUUUUCGUUGAAUCCGCCACUCUUGCGGCUGAAGUUGUGCAGAAGCAAAGGCAAUUGUUAAACAAAGUGAAAAUUUAUACAUUUUUAUCUUUCUGUGAAUAGAAAAAAAACACAAGAUGCCAGAAGAAGCAGAAACUUUCGCAUUCCAGGCUGAGAUUGCUCAGCUGAUGUCCCUGAUCAUCAACACAUUCUAUUCGAACAAGGAGAUUUUCCUGCGUGAGUUGAUCUCGAACGCAUCUGAUGCUCUCGACAAGAUCCGCUACGAGUCGCUGACCGAUCCCAGCAAGCUGGACUCUGGCAAGGAGCUGUACAUCAAGCUCAUCCCCAACAAGACCGCUGGUACUCUGACCAUCAUUGAUACCGGUAUCGGCAUGACCAAGUCCGAUCUGGUCAACAACUUGGGAACCAUUGCCAAGUCUGGCACCAAGGCAUUCAUGGAGGCACUGCAGGCCGGCGCUGACAUUUCCAUGAUUGGUCAGUUCGGUGUGGGUUUCUACUCCGCCUACCUGGUCGCUGACAAGGUGACUGUCACCUCCAAGAACAACGAUGACGAGCAGUACAUCUGGGAGUCGUCUGCCGGUGGUUCCUUCACCGUCAGGGCCGAUAACUCUGAGCCUCUGGGCCGCGGUACCAAGAUUGUUCUGUUCAUCAAGGAGGAUCAGACCGAUUACCUUGAGGAGAGCAAGAUCAAGGAGAUUGUUAACAAGCACUCCCAGUUCAUUGGCUACCCCAUCAAGCUGCUCGUCGAGAAGGAGCGCGAGAAGGAGGUCAGCGAUGACGAGGCUGAGGAUGAGAAGAAGGAGGACGAGAAGAAGGAGAUGGACACUGAUGAGCCCAAGAUCGAGGAUGUUGGCGAGGAUGAGGAUGCCGAUAAGAAGGACAAGGACGCCAAGAAGAAGAAGACCAUCAAGGAGAAGUACACCGAGGAUGAGGAGCUGAACAAGACCAAGCCCAUCUGGACUCGCAAUCCCGAUGAUAUCUCCCAGGAGGAGUACGGCGAGUUCUACAAGUCCCUCACCAACGACUGGGAGGACCAUUUGGCCGUCAAGCACUUCUCCGUGGAGGGUCAGCUGGAGUUCCGUGCUCUGCUCUUCAUUCCCCGUCGCACUCCCUUCGAUCUCUUUGAGAACCAGAAGAAGCGCAACAACAUCAAGCUGUACGUGCGCCGUGUCUUCAUCAUGGACAACUGCGAGGACCUCAUCCCCGAGUACUUGAACUUCAUUAAGGGUGUGGUCGACUCUGAGGAUCUGCCUCUGAACAUCUCCCGUGAGAUGCUCCAGCAGAACAAGGUGCUGAAGGUGAUCCGUAAGAACCUCGUGAAGAAGACCAUGGAGCUGAUUGAGGAGCUCACCGAGGACAAGGAGAACUACAAGAAGUUCUACGACCAGUUCAGCAAGAACCUGAAACUGGGUGUCCAUGAGGACAGCAACAACCGCGCCAAGCUGGCCGACUUCUUGCGCUUCCACACCUCCGCCUCUGGCGAUGAUUUCUGCUCCCUGUCCGACUACGUGUCUCGCAUGAAGGAGAACCAGAAGCACGUCUACUUCAUCACUGGCGAGUCCAAGGACCAGGUCAGCAACUCUGCUUUCGUGGAGCGUGUCAAGGCCCGUGGCUUCGAGGUCGUCUACAUGACCGAGCCCAUUGAUGAGUACGUCAUCCAGCACCUGAAGGAAUACAAGGGCAAGCAGCUCGUUUCCGUCACCAAGGAGGGUCUGGAGCUGCCAGAAGAUGAGACCGAGAAGAAGAAGCGCGAGGAGGAUAAGGCCAAGUUCGAGAGCCUGUGCAAGCUGAUGAAGUCCAUUCUGGACAACAAGGUCGAGAAGGUCGUUGUGUCGAACCGUCUGGUGGACUCGCCAUGCUGCAUUGUCACCUCGCAGUUCGGUUGGUCCGCCAACAUGGAGCGCAUCAUGAAGGCCCAGGCUCUUCGUGACACCGCCACCAUGGGCUACAUGGCCGGCAAGAAGCAGCUUGAGAUCAACCCCGAUCACCCGAUCGUGGAGACUUUGCGCCAGAAGGCCGAUGCCGACAAGAACGACAAGGCUGUCAAGGAUCUGGUCAUCCUUCUGUUCGAGACCUCUCUGCUCUCGUCUGGAUUCUCGCUGGACAGCCCCCAGGUGCAUGCCAGCCGCAUCUACCGCAUGAUCAAGUUGGGCUUGGGCAUCGACGAGGAUGAGCCAAUGACCACCGAGGACAACCAGAGCGCCGGUGAUGCUCCGUCCCUGGUUGAGGACACCGAGGAUGCUUCCCACAUGGAGGAGGUCGAUUAAGCGCCUCAUCUCUCAAACAUACACCUACACUACUAAACUACUUCAUCCUAAACACACUCUCAGAUACAUUAUUUACUUGCGUUUCGACCAUUUGUGACUUUAGUUGACAACAGAGUUAAAUUUUGUAUUUUCAUUAACAUUUUGGCCGCGUUAUAAGCGGCGCACAUACGCUUACUCAUCAAACAUAAAAAAAAACAAAAAAGAAAACAAACAUAGAGCAACUCGUUAGGUUCCCCAAACAAAAAACAUUCAAAUGCAGUUGUCGUUUUAAGAAUUUCUAAUUUAGAAUCCAAGUAACUUAUGUAAAGAUACACUAAAGACUAUAUACGCUCUAGUUGAUAGCUAUAUAAAGAAGAAAUGUAUAAUUAAGGUUGGAUGACUCGAUCGAUGAUAAAAACCAAAACCAAAUAAACAAGCAAAUGUGUUUAAAAUCAA